CAGGCUUUGGAAACCCUUGAUUUAACUCAACACUUUUUUCUCUCUUUGUAUUGUUAUUUCAGCAGUCUCCUCCUCGGAGUGUUGAAUUUCUAGUCAGUAGAAGGAAUAAAAAAUGAAAAACUACUGACCAAACUGCAAUCUGUUAGAAAUAAACACUUUGUAGGUAGGAUUUUAAAGUCUAAAGGAGAGAGUCUCGAUGUGUUUUGAAAGAAGUUGUGUUUUUACCAGUUGUAUUGGCAUCAUUCAGUGGAAGAGAAGUUACGUUGGUAAAUAUUUAUUUCAAGAAUCAUGACUACGAAAAUCUUGGAAGUUUAUUAAGAGAAAUAAAUGUUUUUCACGCAAGGACAGGAUCUGCAUGUACUGCUCUGCUUCUGGGUAUCUUGUGAAGGCCAUUUGAGGUGUCCAGCUCAGGGGAGGAAAUGCUCUGGUGAUAGCAGAGUCACGACCAAACUUCUAGAACCAUGUCUACUGUACAAAGAAAAGGCAGCUGCCACCUCUUCAAUACUUUGCACACCUGUAAACUGCAGUCUCCAGAGGACCAGAGACCUCACGAUAAAUUUGUCAUUGCUCAACCAAUGUUUGUUUUUGGAAAAAGGGAACAAACUUUCAAGAGACCUGCAGAAGACAGCCUAUAUGAAGCAGUGGAGCCUGAAUAUAAUGACUUUUUGAGUAAGCGUGUACGAGCUUCAUCUUUUACAUUGCAUACCACAGACUUUCAGUCCCAAGGAGUGUCAAACUUGCCCCAGAAACGAACAAGAUCCUCAUCCUUUACUGACCUCCCAACCUUCCCACCUUCUGGGCCAGUAAAGAAAAACAAUGUUUUUAUGACGUCAAAUAUCGUGCAAAAGGAUGUUGAUUUGAACAGUAAAGAAAAAGAUACCAUGAAAUGUUCUGACCAUUUUCUAAGACCUGCUACUUUGCAACCACCGAAAAUACAAAGAUGUGAAAAAGUAAAAUUAACAUUUGGACACAAUGCAUUGGAAUCCUGCAAGACUAAAGAAAUAGCAAAAUACAAGAUUUCUGGAGAGAAUGCCUAUUUCCUAAAUGAAGAUUUACCAAGUGCCAGGAUUUCAGUUCACUUGAAUAUGAACCAGAAUAUUUUAGGGACUGCAUCUGUAGAUCAACUAACUGAGGAGAAGAAAUCCCUUAAAAGCUGCAGUUCUGAUUUCAUAUUUGGAGAAAACAUGGUGGAAAGAGUUUUGGGGAUUCAAAAGCUCACCCAGCCUCAACUAGAAAAUGAUUCCUACACCAAGGAAAAAUUAAUCAAAUCCACUCUAAAAUUUCCUAUUGAUUCUCCAAGUUCAAGAACAGAGUCUAUUCAAAAUAUAACACUAAUUGAAUCAGCAGCUGCUUUUUCUUCUAAACCAUCAUCAAAAUGCUUGCUGGAAAAAAUUGUUGUGAUAACAGGGGAAGAAGCAGAACAUAAUGUCUUAAAGAUCAACUGUAAGCUCUUUAUAUUCAACAAAGCAACACAGUCCUGGAUUGAAAGGGGCAGAGGAUCUCUGAGAUUGAAUGAUACAGCAAGCAGUGACUGCGGGACCUUUCAGUCAAGACUAAUUAUGCGCAAUCAAGGCAGUUUGAAGCUGAUUCUCAAUAGCAAACUCUGGGCUCAAAUGCAGAUUCAAAGAGCAAACCACAAAAAUUUACGAAUAACAGCUACUGAUUUAGAAGACUGUAGCAUCAAAGUAUUUUUAAUUCAGGCUGGUGCCAAAGAUACGAGAUAUCUGUACGCAGCAAUACAUCAUCGCCUUGUUGCACUUAGAGCCUUUGAUAAUCAGAAAGAUACAUAUCAAGCUGAAGCCCAGGGAGAAACAGUCCUUCAGCAAUUAAGCUGUGAUAACUGUGAUGAGGAUGAAGAUGAUCUUAUCGAUGUCAGCAAAAUUAGAUCAGGUGAUAACUUUUCUUUUGUUAGUCAAAUUAGGACUAUGCACAAUGCUAAAAUAUCAAAUCAGUUUUUCACAAAAUGGAACUGAUUUGUUUAAAGUGGAUAGUUGGGGGUCAAAUAUAUAGCUUAGUGAAAGACCAAGCUAGUACUUGCAUAUGGAGUAUCUGGGUUUCAUCUCUUUCUCUGGUAAUGCCAAA